AUGUCCGCUGCUUGGGUGGAUUACAAAAAGGCAUAUGACUCUGUUUCACAUUCAUGGCUAAAGAGAGUUUUAGAAAUAUAUAAAAUAGAUGAAAAAAUUUGUAAGUUUUUAAGUAAAUUAAUGGGUCAGUGGAACACUAUCCUAAAUCUACCAGGUAAGUGGCAAAGUAGUUCGAUAGACUCUAUAAAUAUUAAGCGGGGUAUAUUCCAAGGCGAUAGUUUGAGCCCAACUUGGUUUUGUUUAGCCCUGAAUCCUUUAAGCACUGUUAUUGAGGAAUCUGGAUUAGGAUUUCGGUUUCGAAAAGAAAACUCACCCAUCUCACAUCUACUUUACAUGGAUGAUCUCAAGCUAUUCACAUCAAAAGAGAGUGAUCUAUUAUUAUUGUUGAAAUUAACACAUAGUUUCAACAAUGAUAUUAGAAUGGAAUUUGGAAUAGAUAAAUGUGCUGUCAUAAACGUAAAUAGGGGCAAAAUUAAAGAUUGUAAUAAUUUUGCAAUUACAGAUGACUUACAUUUCAGUUCUCUUUCUGAGACAGAAACCUAUAAAUACUUGGGCAUGGCAGAAGCGCUAGGAAUUAAUGACAAAAACAUUAAAGAAAAUUCAAAAGUAAAAUUUAUGUCAAGAUUAAAAAAAGUUAUCAAAAGUCAUUUAUCUGGCGGAAACAAAAUUAGAGCAUAUAACUCCUGGGUAAUACCUAGCCUUCUAUAUACUUUUGGUAUUACAAGAUGGUCUCAAACGGAAUUGGAUGACUUAGAUAGACGAGUCCGCACAUUAAUGACUACGCACAGAAUGCACCACCCGCGAUCAUCUGUCAUGAGGUUGUAUCUUCCAAGAAAAGAUGGUGGACGGGGCUUAUUAAACAUUAAAAACCUACACAACCGUGAAGUAUAA